ACGUGCUCUCUCUCUCUCUCUCUCGUGGCUUUCAAAUACCUCGAAAUCAAAAUCAAUGACUCAAUACCCAACCCCACCACAUAAAUCUGUCCCUCCCUGCCUCACAUUUUUCUCUCCACUCUUUCAUUUUUUUUUUAUUAUAAGUUAAAAAAGGCUUAAUAAUAAGCAAUAGUUAUUUGACGUACUUUCUGACACCAUCCACCACUGUUUUCCAUGUCACAAAUACGAACCAAGAACACCCAAAACCAUAGAGUUUAGCCUUUAGUUAAAUUCUAUUUCUAUUCUAUAUCUAUAUAAUCUUCUCAAAGAGGGAAUAAAAUUUGAUGCUUUUGAUUGAAUCUAUUAUAGUUUUUACCUUAGCUACAGCUCUACAGUUGAACGUCACACCCUUCUUAUCUCUCUCAUCACACUUGUAUUAAAUAUCUUUCUCUUUCACUGAGUUCAAGAGCUGUGCACUACCUUACAAAACUUGAUAACUACAUGAUAUAUCUUUAACAGGACUCUUACUAUACUGUGUUCUGCCUUUUCUGUAAUCUUUCCAUUGUUUAAGAGCUGUAAAUGCAGCUGGGUUUAUCUUUGUUUUCUUAUUUCUGAUGGGGAAGAAAGGAGGCUCCUCAUGGUUGACUGCUGUGAAAAGAGCAUUCAGAUCUCCUAAUAAAGAGGACGAUUUAGAAAAGAAAAGAGAGAAACGACGGUGGAUUUUCAGAAAGCCAACAAAUCAACAAGAAACAGUGUCACAGCAAAAUCAACAGGAACAGAGUAAUAAUACUACGACGGCCCAUGUGUCAGUUUCGAAUGAUCAGCAAACGCAUGCACUUGCUAUGGCGGUGGCCACUGCCGAGGCUGCAAUGGCCACAGCUCAAGCGGCGGUAGAGGUAGCUCGGCUAUCUAGGCCUACUUAUCAAGCUAGAGAACAUUAUGCUGCCACUGUUAUACAAACGGCUUUUAGGGGGUAUUUGGCAAGAAGAGCUCUUCGAGCGCUUAAAGGGCUAGUGAAAUUGCAGGCUUUGGUGAGGGGUCACAAUGUGAGAAAGCAAGCCAAGAUGACCCUUAAAUGCAUGCAAGCUCUGGUUAGAGUUCAGGCUCGGAUCCUGGAUCAACGCGUGAGGCUCUCCCAUGACGGUAGUAGAAAGUCAGCAUUCAGUGACACCACUAGCGUUUUUGAUUCCCGAUACCUUCAAGAUAUCUCGGACAGAAAAUCCAUGUCGAGAGAGGGAAGUAGUGUUGCAGAUGAUUGGGACGAACGGCCUCACACAGUUGAGGAAGUAAAAGCCAUGUUACAACACAGAAGAGAAGCUGCAAUGAAACGUGACAAGAAUUCAUCCCAGUCCUCAUCACAACAGGCAUGGAGAAAUGGUAGAAGCCCUUCAAUGGGGAACGAAGACGAGCUUGAUGAGAAACCAAAAUGGCUAGACCGGUGGAUGGCUGCAAAACCAUGGGAGACCCGAGCAAGAGCUUCAACUGAUCAGAGAGACCCCAUAAAGACAGUCGAAAUGGAUACUUCCCAGCCUUAUUCAUAUUUAGCUCCCAAUCUUAGAAGGUCAAAUCCCAAUUACCACCAACAUCAGCAGCAACAUCAACAACAACAACAAAGACAAAGACCCAAUUCACCUCUCCAUAGAUCUCACCAAAAUCAGCAUCAUCAUUCCCCUGUAACGCCUUCACCAUCUAAAACCAGGCCUAUUCAAGUCCGAUCAGCCAGCCCUCGUUGUGGGAGAGAAGACAAAAGCUUCCACACAUCUCAAACACCAAGCUUAAGGUCCAACUACUAUUACAAUGGCCGAGUUGGAUCAACAUCAACAAGCACUGCUAGUGGUAAUGUUUGCCCGCCAGUGCCAAAUUACAUGGCUGCAACAGAGUCAGCCAAAGCUCGGGUUCGAUCUCAGAGUGCUCCGAGGCAGAGACCUUCGACACCGGAGAGGGAACGGGGAGGUGGGUCUGCGGCGAAAAAAAGGCUUUCUUUCCCAGUUCCGGAUCCUUAUGGUGGUGGAAUGGUGUAUGGAGGAGGGGGUUAUGGCCAUAAUAGCUUGAGGAGUCCAAGCUUUAAGAGCGUAAUAAGUGGUUCACAUUUGGGUGGAGUGGAACAACAGUCUAACUAUUCAUCUUGUUACACUGAGAGCUUUGGUGGUGAGAUAUCUCCUUCUUCAACUAGUGAUCUAAGAAGAUGGCUCAGGUAAAAUUAAUUAGCUCUGAAAGUUAAGUUAAUACGACACUUGUUAGUUUCCACUUUUUCUAAUUUAUUAGUUUUGUGAUUGUGAUUUAGUUUGUAGUUUUCUGACCCCACCAAAACGAUCGGGUUUAUUUAGUCUUUUAGAAAAUUGUUGCCUUUUGUGACAGAAACUCACAUCUUCACCAAUCAUUAGUAUCAUCAUUAGUUUUUCUUAAAAGAGAGAAGAACUAUAACUAUGUAUUAGUUUUCACUAAUUUUUUUUUUAUUUUUAGUUUGAGAUUGUGAUUAAGAUGUAGUUCUCUGACCUUUUAAUAUAUAUAAGAUUUGUUUUCUUUUGUGAA